AUGCGGGCCGCCGAGCCCGUAGCCGAGGGCCGGCCCGGUGACCGGGCGCGGCCCUGCUUCGACGAGCUGCGGCAGAUGCGGCCCCUCAUCAUCCACCUGGGCACCCACUACUUCCUGCUGGACUCGGUGGAUGAACUGCCUGCGUCCCUCAGCCUCGAGGAGGGCAGCAUCGCCUCCUCAAGAAGUUUCCUUGACAAGUGCGGCCGGUGCUUCUUCCGCUGCCUUGAUCGCUGGUCCACGAGCCGCUCCUUUUCCAGCGAGGCCCGGGCGCCCCUACGACAGCAAUAG